GGAUUUAUAGUUAUAGCGUUACAAUGGAAGUCCUCCAACAUCUUCGAGGACCUAUACCUACUACAAUGAGAGAAGUCAGUGCCUUGUCCCAACUAAACCUUGAUGAAGAUGUUCCAUCAAUUCAGGGAGCUAAUUUCCCCAUAUUGUUGCAGUCCAACACUGAUACGAAUUUUAGUGAUAUAACCGCAUUUAAAUCCGCUUUUGCGCGUUCUGCUGAAGAUGCAAGGGUUUACUCACACCUCAAUACCCUACUUGAACAAGGACAAGAGUACGCGAUUAUGCUGUACACGUGGAGGUCGAUAUCUAGAGCUCUUCCAUUUAUCCGGUCAAGUGACCAGCCAAAUAGAAUAAAGAUAUAUGAAAAAACGAAGGAGAUAUUAGAACCACAUUGUCUAAAAUUGAAACAGUUCAUGUUCUUUCAAGAUGCAGCUAUACGGAGGUUUGUGGAAGAAGUAAAACGACUGGCCCAUAAGGAUCAGAAAAACUUCUUCGUCAACCAGGCCUAUCUCGUCACACUUGGGAAAAUGAUAAAAAUGUUUGCUCUUCUAGAUGAAAUGAAGAACAUGAAGGCAAGCAUGAAAAAUGAUUAUUCUAACUACAAAAGAGCCGCCCAGUUUCUACAAGUUAACGAUCCCGAUUCUCACGACGUUAGUAUAUUCUUGGCGAAGCAAAAAAUCAUUCGUGAUACACUAAAAGAAAGCUUGAUUGCAAUUGAUGGCUAUGAGGACCUUCUGAUAGAAAUCAUUCAUAACAGCGCUCAAAUGUAUGAAAACAAGGUUUAUAUCCUUCCUGAAGAGAAACACACUCAUGUUAUAGUCAUAGCUUUUUCCCUUUAUCUUCUCGAUUCCGGUCGUAUAGUUGAUGGUAAGCAAGUAGGCGUUUGCCUGAAUAAAAUUGCAAAACGUCUUAACAUUGGUAAAUUAGAUCGGAUUUUAAAGGAAUGUGAAGUUGUCAAUCUGUUCGGUGAUAUGAGUGUGGAACCAUUUUCAUAUGUUCGUCAAACAGCGUCAUUUGAUCCAUCUAAGUGGCCAGAGUGCAAUAGUGCUAAAGUUUCUGGUCAGGGAGUGAUCUUAACGCACAUGGCGAGAUUUCAAGAGGAAUAUACUUCAUUGACAUCCGAUUUAGCUUGGCAUACAAAUACAACGUCGAUUCGUUUAAAUGAACGUUCUGCCAAAGAAAACCAAGAACUUUAUGAUCUUGCACUUCGAGGUCUUCAAUAUUUAUCUGGUUGGUCUGUACAAGUGUUAGACACAUUUUCAUGGAAGCUUGCUCACUGUGCCAGCGGUUUCACAAACCAUGAGUGCCCAAAAGAUGCUGAGAAUUAUGAAAAAGCCACUCGUUAUAAUUACAAUUCAGAAGAAAGAUUUGCUAUGAUUGAAAUAAUCAGUAUGAUUAAAUCUGUUCAAACACAACUUUUACGAUUGGAAGCUUGUUAUUCAGAAGCGAUUGGUCGUUCUGUUUAUCGAGAACUACAGGCAAUUGUUGUCGGCCAAUUAAGCGCUCCAUUGCUUAAAGCACAAAAGAAAAAAGAACGAAUCAUGCUGGCACGUUUAAUACUUGCGAUUCAAGCGACAUGUGCUGAUCAAAUAUCCGACACAAUGGAUUUGGAUAUGAUGAUGCACACUAGUAGCAGUAGUGGUGGUGGUACAACAGGAUCCAAAUCAUGGGGUAAAGCUGCUUCUUCAAAACUAUCGAAUUCAAGCAAUAAUAAUAAUCAUAAUAAUAGUAUGACUACAGGGUCAAAUUCUACGAUGGCUACUGUCGCUGCUUCAUUAGCCAAUAAUAAUGACAGUCCAACAGGAUCGAUUAGUACAAGUAGUAUAUUUGAUUCAAAUAAACGUCGAGUUGGUCCAUCAUCUAGUCAAUUGUAUUUAGUACGAACUAUGUUAGAAUUAAUGGUUGAACAAGUUUCAUCAACCAAACAAAUGAUACGAAAAGAAUUGGACACUGCAACAUUAUCAGCGAUAGAUACAUUUCUUAAGCAUAGUUUUUAUUGGCCAUAUCUUCUGAAUUUCAGUGAAACUUUAAUCAAGUGUUGUGACCUAUCUCAACUAUGGUAUCGUGAAUUCUUCUUAGAAAUGACUAAUGGUGCUUGUAUACAAUUUCCAAUUGAAAUGAGUUUACCAUGGAUAUUCACCGAUCAUAUUCUAGAAAGUGAACAUCCUGGUUAUACGGAAUAUCUACUCUAUAUGCUUGAUCUUUACAAUGAUGCUGCUGAUUGUGCAUUAAAUCGAUUUCGACGACGAUUUCUGUAUGAAGAAAUCGAGGCUGAAGCGAAUUUAGUCUUUGAUCAACUUGUUUAUAAACUAAGUGAUAAAAUAUUUCGACACUAUAAACGCUAUGCAUCAUCAAUUUUAUUAGACAAACGAUUUCGAGCUGAAGCCCAACGUACUGCUUCAUGGCGUGAACCUUAUCCACCGCCUAAUCGUUAUACUGCAGCUUUACUACGACAAAGAAAUAUUCAAUUGCUUGGUCGUUCUGUCGAUAUAAACCGAUUAAUUUGUCAGAGGAUGACUAAAGCAAUAUACAAAUCAAUUGAAGUUGCUAUUUCACGUUUUCAUAGUUCAGAUAUAACAGGAAUAAUUGAAUUGGAAGCAGCUAUUGAAUGUAAUCGACUUUGUCAUAGAAUGUUGAGUGAACAAUUGGAAUUAGAUGAUUUUGAUGCAUUAUUACGUGAAGCGGAUAAUUUAGUUACUUCUAGAUUAGGAAAAAUUACUGUUCAUGUAUUUUGGGAAUUAACAUAUGAUCUUGUUAAAAAUUACUGUUAUAAUGAUGCUACUAACAGAUUUGUACCAACAAAUUUCACAUUAACUGAAGUGUUAGAACGUGAGAAACCGCCAACAGUUGAGGCUCAAUACGUUUGGGGUAGUCGUUCGUUAAAUACAUGCUUUGAAACUAUAUUUAAAUUAUAUCGUGGUUUUGUUGGUGCACCUCACUUUUCUGCCAUUUGUCGUUUAUUGGGUUAUCGAGGUCUGUUUGUUGUUACGGCUGAAGUAAUGAAAGUUGCUCAAUCAUUGCUAAAUCAAACAUUACGCGAUUAUGUUUGCCGAUUAGUGCUUCUUAUGCCUCAAUCAUUGAUACUUCCAUCAGAGAAAGCAGAAUCUGAUGCUGUAUUCUCGGCUUUAUACACUCAAUUACAUCAAAUCUAUAAAUAUACAGAUUUAAGAACUAAUGUAUUUCAAAAUUUUCGUGAAUUUGGAAAUAUUCUUAUCUGUUGCUUACAGUUAGAAAAGAAUUUAUCAAUUGAAGAUUCAUGUGAUCUUCGUCAUGCAGGGCCUUUUAUUGGACAAAUGCCAAGACAGUUCUUUCCUCCUAUUCCAUCUCAUGAGGAAGGAUUAAAAGGUAAAUCAAUUAAUGAAUUAAGACGUGAACGUGAAAUUCAAUACAAAGAAUUACAAAAGAAACAAGAAUCAAUGAAUAUUGUACUAGUUGUAUCACGUAUUGGUACUGAAGAUCAUAGAAAUACAGUGAAAACGGACAAAGUAUGGAACAAAAGUGAGGUACUAACUCAAUCUACAAAGGAAAGUGAAACAAGUGGUAUAUAUAUAUCAAGAUUUUUCUUUUUAAAUGCCUCCUAUUUAAUGGGUAACCGGAAUUGCUAUUAUUUCUUCAUUAAACUCCAUGCUGUCACAUAUUCCACUUAAAAUGUUUCAAUCGGAUAACAAAAAACCUAUGCAUUUUUCUUUCAUUGAAUAGUAAAUAAACUAAUUUGUCUAAAAGCGAUAUCCUAUGUACUAAAAUAUAACUGUACUGCAUAACAGUACAAUCUUCUAUAGUUUAUAACUGUGACAUGUGGUCUUUAAAAUUAGAUGGCAUACGUAUUUUACUAUUACUUGAUCUUAAAUGUAGUGUUAUCAAGUAAAGAUAUCAAGUUGGAUGACGAAACUAAAUUUCUCAUAAGUGGUUGACAUAUAUAUUACGUAAUCCCAACCACUGCCAACCUCGACACAUGAUGCUGGUUGAAGUAGUUGUAGUUUAGAAGAAACCCAGGAGCAACCGAAACUACCGGUAGCAUCAAUUCAUAUUACUUAUUGAAUGUCAAUCUGAGUCAUGUUAGUAGGUGCAAACUGCCUAGCUAGAGUCAUCAUCAUAAUCGGAAUCACUGGUUAAAGAUGCCCUGUCACACAGCUUAAAGUCAAUCUCAAUGGACCAUGCGCAUUUACUGGAAAAUGUAUCAUCAAUGCUAUCUGGAUAAUCGUAGCUCAAUAUAUCGGAUAUUAUGCAAAGUUUAAAAUGUAAAGGAUUGAGUCUGUGUUUAAAUUCCCUGAAGUAAUGUAGUUACUCUUCUACAGCUACUGCCAGUCUCAAACCCGGGUAAAGGAAGAGGGUUGACAUGGGAUCAAUAACCCCAUCCCGUAGAAUACAACCUUGCUAAAAAACACUAACCAGAAUAAACAAAUUAAACUAUUUUAACUCUUCCCUGACACUUGAAGGAUCUUCAUUCACAGGAAUUAUCAUGCCUCAGGGCGAAACCCGAGAUUAUUUGGAAGUCAGAAGGCCGAUGCCCCUUCUUACAACCGGAACAACAGAUUUUAUAGGUAUAUGAAAUGUUCAUACAAUGUGGGAGACCGGGAGGACCAGUCAAAUGGCAACAGAAACGAGAAGAUACAAUUUGACAGUGCUCGAAAUAAAUGAAACCCAUUGGACACAACCUGGACCGAAAGGGAUAUAUUCGGGAGAGAUGCUAUUGUACUCUGGUCACGAAGAGGAAAAUGCUCUAUACACUCAGGGAGUUGCUGUGAUGUUAUACAAAGAAGCACGUUAAGAACUUAUAGGAUAGGAAUCUCAUGGACCCAGAAUAAUCAAAUCAUCUUUCAAAAUAAAGAAGGGAAUCACAAUGAAUGUUAUCCAGUGUUGUACACCCAUUAAUGAUAGCAAUGAUGACAAUAGAGGCACCACACUACGAUCGGUACCAGGAAUUUGCAGACGACGUAAUUCUUCUAUUACAAUUCACGAACAAAUGCAAGUCCAGACAAACAGUGUAGCAGCAGUCUCUACAUCAGUAGGACCCUACAUACACAAGGGAAAAGCAAGAUCCUCAAAUACAACACGGAGAACACUAACCCGGUCGCAUUAAAUGAAGAAGCUCUAGAACAAGUGGAGUCUUUCACGUACCUGGGAAGUAUCAUCGAUGAGAAAGAAGGAUUUGGUAAAGACGUAAAGGCAAGGAUCGGCAAAGUAAGGGGAGCAUUCCUACAGUCGAAGAACAUACAGAACCCAAAACACCUGUCAACCAAUAUCAAAGUCAGAAUCUUCAAUACGAACAUCGAGACAGUUCUACUGUGCGGAGCUGAAACUUGGAGAACUAUCACAACCAUAAUGAAGAAUUUACAAGUAUAUAUGAACAACUAUUUACUCAAGAUACUCAAUGUUUUUUUGUCCGGAUACCAUCAACAACAGCCUACUGUGGUAAAAAACAAACCAGCUUCCAGCUGAAGGGGAAAUUAGGAAAAGAUAAUGGAAGUGGAUGGGGCAUACGUUGGGGAAAUCGUCAAACUGCAUCACGAGACAAGCGCUAACUUGGAAUCCUGAAGGGAAACGGAAAAGAGGUAGGUUAAAGAACAUACUGCGUCGAAAACUGAAAACAGACAUGAAAAAAGAUGAAUGGCAACUGGAAUGAAUUGUUCAUAGCAGAGUUGGAUGGAGAAUGUUAGUGAGCGGCCAUAUGCUCCUCAAGGAGGAGGGGUAAGGCAUAAAUUUGUGCGUAAGUGUGGCUACUGCAAAACCUGAAUGUUAGGAGUGCAGUUCCCCAUAGAGCCACUCUUGAGCACCACUGAAGAAGUUCCAACCUAAAAUAAAACAGAUACCUCUAUUUCAGUGAUUCUUCGAUAGGUAUUAGCCCGUGAUAAAAACCAUCUACAAACUAGACAAAACUCCAUAAAACACAACUAUACAAUUUUUAGUGUUAAAAAAACAAAGAUGACAAGAAAUGAAUUUAAACACAUGGUCUACUGGUUGAAAUAGUUGAAGGUAGUUGUCAGGAAAUCCUGGACGUAGGUUUCGUGCUGUAUGGCACUCAUUAGCAAGGUGUACCUGUACUAGUGAGGGAACCGAUUCUCCCUGACGGAUUCGAUGUCGUGUCAACCAGUUUCACGGGUAAUUCAACUUACCAAGUAAAACCUUGAGUUAUUUUCAUGUUGAAUUUACUCCUUUUAAUAAUUAUCUCUCUCUCUUUUCUUCUAUUCACAGCAAUUGUCCUUAGCUAAAGAGAAUGAAAUAUUAACGAAAGAGAGACUUUGUUCUGGUUUAACACUAUUCGAAUUUGUCCUUAAUAAAAUUAAAAAUUUCCUUCAUGAAGAAGAUUCUGAUGGAAAUACUUGGGAUCGUCUUUCCAAUAUUGCCAAACGUAGUUCUAUAUGUAAUGGAACUACUACACAUUAUAAUAAUGAUAUACUCGGCUUAGAAAGUUAUACACACUUUCAUCGUCUAUGGUCUGCUAUUCAAUUAGUAUUCUGUACACCAUUUGGGCAAAAUGAAUAUACAGUUGAAGAAAUGUUUGGUGAAGGAUUAAAUUGGGCUGGAUGUGCAAUCAUUUUGUUAUUAGGUCAACAACGUCAAUUUGAAGCACUUGAUUUUGGUAGUCUUAUUUUACGACUACAACGAAUCGAUAAAAAAGAUGCAACACCAAUGGGAGUUUCUCUGGAACGAAUGGCGGCUCGUUUAAGUCGUUUCUCAGUACUCAAUCGUCAAAUAUUUUCCACAUUAAAUAUAUAUCUUCAUCCUGUCGAUCGACUGGAUGAAUCGAGUGUUCGUGUUCGACAGUUUCCUAUACCUACCUGGUCCAAAUCAUAACCCAUUAUCGUUUUUUAAACCAUGUAAUUUGUUCCCCUUUCCAAUUUUUUUGGUAUAACGCUUAUUGUACUAUAAACCACCUCAAUUAAUGGCAUUUUAUAGAGUUCCUUUGGUCUUUUUUUAUAUUUUGAUCAUACCGGUAAUUUGUUUUGGUUGAUUUACUGCUUUCCUGGUGUUUUUUGCUUUCUUAUCUGGUUUUUCCACCUCUUUUUCUAGAGAAAUAUGUAUAAAUAAAUUCAUAAGGAAAAUAAAGUUAAUUUAUGGU